UCCUCCUCCCUCUUAAACCCCACCGCCCGGUGACCGCACCGUCCCCGUUUGCCUCCCUCCGCUCCAACCGUAGCAACACGUCCAUUUUACUUGCCCCCUCGGCCCUCCUUCCCUGCCUUCCCUUUCCCCACGCCACCUCCCACCUCCGUUCGCCGCCGCCAGCCUACCAGCUCGCCCGCCGCGCCGGCGAUGGCGACGACGGAGGGGCUCGUGCCUAUCACGCGGGCCUACCUCGCGCGCUACUACGACAAGUACCCGCUGGCCCCGCUGCCGGACGCCGCCACUGACCUCGCCGCCCGGCUCCGCACCCUGUCCGCCGACCUCGCCGCCGUCGCUCCCAUCGCCCCCGAUGAGGAACUCUUGGAACAAGAAGCAGCGGGCAUACCUGCCCACAAAAUUGAUGAGAAUUUGUGGAAGAACAGAGAACAAAUGGAAGAAAUUCUUUUUUUGCUCAAUACAUCCCGUCGUCCCGUUGCACUUCAACAGAAGUCCACUCCAGAAGACGCUGAGAUAAUUUCUAAACUUGAUGAUAUUGAAGCUAAAUUGAAGGACAUGUUGAAGAAGUUAGAACAAUUUCAGAUAAAAAAUACUGACAAUGUUUUCAAUACAGUUAUGACAUACAUGCCCCAAGAUUUUCGGGGCACACUAAUCAGGCAACAACGAGAACGCUCAGAAAGGAAUAAGCAAGCGGAGGUAGACGCUUUAGUUAGUGCUGGCGGAAGCAUUCAUGAUCGAUAUGCAUUAUUGUGGAAACAGCAAAUGGAAAGGAGGGUUCAACUAGCACAACUUGGUUCCGCGACAGGUGUAUAUAAGACUCUUGUUAGGUAUUUGGUUGGUGUUCCACAGGUUUUAUUGGAUUUUAUUCGACAAAUAAAUGAUGACAAUGGGCCUAUGGAAGAGCAAAGAGAACGAUACGGCCCAGCACUGUACACCCUUACAAAACUUGUGCUUGCUAUUCGGUUGUAUCUGCAUGUCUCUUUGGCACGAUAUGAACAAAGGAAAAUAGAGCAGGAUGACAUUGCUGUGCUGCAGCAAGCUGUAAUUAUCUACACCGAGGAGUUUUGGAAGUUCACCGAAUUCAUAGGAAAGGUCUUUGUGAACGCACCAUUCUUUAUAUCCGCUGAUGAUGCUGGUGCUGUGGAUGCAAGGAAAUGUGAUGAGUACAAAGAAACUAUUAUUCCAGCUGGAAAGACACAUGAGGUCAUUUUGAGUGUUGAAGCCGUAAACUCAUACAUUGCAUGGGACUUCUCCUUGCAACAAGGGGCCCUCAACAUGGUAUUGGACAUUGGAUUUCAUGUGGAGUACAUUAGCCCUUCAGGGGAGAAAACUCUAAUUCUUCCCUACCGACGGUAUGAAGCUGACCAAGGCAAUUUUUGCACUGUGUCAGCAGGAUCCUACAAACUUGUAUGGGACAAUUCAUAUUCGUCAUUCUUCAAAAAGAGCCUUCGGUACAAGGUGGAUGCUGUGCCACCGGUUGUCGAGCCGACGGUGUCCGCCAUAGAGCCCUUAUGAGGCCUGUGUUAAUAUAACUCGACAAGGGCUGAUGCCUGUCAUGGAUUAGACAGUGCAGAUGCAUCACAAGCCCCAUACGGUGUUGUAACCAUUUCUUUUAUCGUAAUCGCAGGGUUCUGGUGAUACAUACACAUAGCUCUCAGUCUGAGAGCAAUAUGUACUGCAUGCACAUGGUUACGGCCAGUUGGCCAGUUUCCAACUGAUGAAUGCCUAAUUCUAUACCAGAAAAGUGUACUAUAGCCACUACUGAAAUCGUUUGCCUACAAAUCGUUGAAUUCAAUCCAUGAAAUUAGAUUCCAGUUCA